UACUACUACUCAGUAAACACGAACAAAAAGUGGCUGUUUUAAUGGUGGUUACGUUUGUGCGGCCAUUAGGCCUCGACGCCUAGUCGAACAGGAACCGGCGACGUCGCCCCCUUCGUCCCCUCCACCGCGCCCACGCCACGAAUCCAUUCCAUUCCCAUUCCCACCGUACCGUGCCGCGCGCCUCCAUAAUAACGCACCGCGCCCCCAUGCCGCUCGCCCACCACCACAACCCCCACGCGCCAUUGGGAAUUGGCAUUCGAUUCCCAGCCCGGCCCACGUGCUCCUUCCUCGCCUUCUUGGCGUGCGCUCGCGCGCGCGCGAGAGAGAGAGAGAGAGCGGCUGCGGCGGCGUACAUGAAGGUGCUGUGCAGCGCGUGCGAGGCGGCGGAGGCGAGCGUCCUCUGCUGCGCUGACGACGCCGCCCUGUGCGCGUGCUGCGACCGCGACGUCCACGCCGCCAACAGCCUAGCUGGCAAGCACCAGCGCCUGCCCCUCCUCAGCCCCGGCGGCGCUUCCGCCGGUGCCGCCGCCGUGUCGCCGCCCAAAUGCGACAUAUGCCAGGAAUGCGACGCCUACUUCUUCUGCCUCGAGGACCGCGCGCUGCUCUGCCGGAGCUGCGACGUCGCCGUGCACACCGCUAACGCCUUCGUCUCCGCGCACCGCCGCUUCCUCCUCACCGGGCUCCAGGUCGGCCAGGAGCAGGACGACUGCUCCCCGGAGCAGCGGGAGCCGUCGCCUCCCCCGCAGGCGAAGAGCGAUCCCUCGGUCCCGCUCUACCGCGAGAGCGACUUCAGCUGGGCAGACGCCGCUGGCGUCACCGGGAGGCUCACCAACUGGUCCACCGUGAACGAGUAGUUCGGCUCCCCUGCUCCGCGGCACGCGGAGGCGGUGAGCAGGGCUACGCCGAAGCGGAGCCCGCGGGCGCCGGCUUUCGGUGCCGGUCAGGGCCCUAUUGCUGGUGGGGUGAUGGAUUGGCCUCUGGGCGAGUUCUUCCGCGGCGUCAGCGACUUGAACGGCGGCUUCGGUUUCGGCGAGAGCAGCACUUCCAAGACAUUCUGAUGACGUGGGCAGGCCGACAGCGGGAAGCUCGGAGGCAGCGCGGGGGGCUCCCCGUACUACCGGUCGUCGGAGGAGGACCGGGACGCCGAUGAGCUCUUCGGCCAGGUGCCGGAGAUCCAGUGGUCGGUGCCGGAGCUCCCCUCCCCGCCGACAGCCUCCGGCCUCCACUGGUAACACGGCGCCCCCGACAGCACUGCCUCCGUGCCGGUCAUCUGACAGCGCCCUCCGGUGCUUCCCGGCUGCGUCCGUCGCCGCCGCAAAGCGCCAGAGGAAACGCUAGCAAGGACAAGGCAGGAAGAAAUGACACCAAUCUUGCCAUGAGGAUUGGCCUUCCGAGUCUAAAGCUAUGGCACUAUGUGUGACAGAGUGAGAUGCAGAUGCAGGACACUGACUUGCAGUCAAUCUAGGUAGCAAGAGAGGGUGGUAGCUCCAUGGUGACUGAUGAUAGGAGUAAUGGCACUUCUUCAGUUUGUGUCUAUUCGGUUUGUGCACCUAGUCUUCAAGGAUCGAACGAGCUAGAAUCUGCUGCUAGUUUUAUUUUUA